GGAAAGGAUUGAAGGAGAGAGACAUGACAAAAUAUCAAAAGAGGGAAAGCACGCUGUACCAUGCGAGCUAAAUUUGUGACCGCUGGAAUUGAGGAUGUCGGAUCAAUGGUGACUAUCAUAACACGUUUUCGCAGAGGAAGCUUUUCGAUUGGAACUUUCGAACAGAGGGUCCGCGGGGAAACAUGGCCGAAGGAGGGGCGGGUAAAGGUGGCGGAGAAGACGAAGCCAAGUCGACGGAGCAGGAAGAGCGAAUUCGGCCCCAGCUUCUGUCAGGAACAGGCCACUGCAAGUGGUUUAAUGUUCGAAUGGGGUUCGGAUUUAUAUCAAUGACCAGCAGCGAGGGGAGCCCCGUAGACCCCCCUCUGGACGUAUUUGUUCACCAAAGUAAACUGGUGAUGGAGGGCUUCCGCAGCCUGAAGGAGGGCGAACAGGUGGAGUUCACCUUUAAGAAGUCCUCCAAGGGCCUGGAGUCCCUGUGGGUGACGGGGCCGGGCGGGGGGCCGUGUGCGGGCAGCGAAAGGAGACCCAAAGGGAAGGUCCCGCCCCAGAAGAACCGCAAACCAAAGGGAGACCGCUGUUAUAACUGUGGAGGUCUGGACCACCAUGCCAAGGAGUGUGGCCUGCCCCCCCAGCCAAAGAAAUGCCACUACUGCCAGAGCAUCAGGCACAUGGUGGCCCAGUGUCCCCACAAGGUGCUGGCGGCCCCCACAGGCUUUCAGGACCCCCUGCACCCCUCUACCUCGGCCCACAUGUACCCCGCCGACGAGGAGGAGCGCUCGGGCUCGUCCCCCCCUUGAGGGCCUCUCGCCCUCCCCAGAGGAGCUACCCCAGUCACACAGCGUUGGCCCCCAGAGGGGGGGGAAAUAGGGGGAGAGCUGUACCUCCUGACCCCUGACUCCCCUCACCUAAGGAACCCCCCUUAACCCCCACCCCUAAUCUACCUCGCACUUGUGGAAAUAAUAGGUCUAUUUUUGGCGGGACCAGCGCAGCUAUGGCAACGAUCGUCAGGGGUACGGAUGUAUGUGAAUGUGUGUGACUGACUGGCUGUCUUCCGGUGGCAGCUAUGACAACCAUUGCUGGGGAUACGGAUUCAUGUGAAUGACUGUCUCUUUCUGUGUGACUGGUCUCAAUCAGUGCAGCUCAAGAGACGAUAUGGUCUUACAGAGAAACAAGGUUGGCGGAAUCUGAUGACUGUCUUGGUUAGAUGACUCUCUGGGUUAGAUGAUGUCAUCCAUAACUCUUUCUGAAUAGGACUCGCUUCUCUUUUAGAUUUUGGUCCACCUGGUUCAUAUUUAUAUUAUAUAACCGUUCCACAGGUCAUGAUGCGGCGAUCCAGCAGAGUUUAUUUGAAGCAUUAAGGAUUUUAAAUAGGCCAGUGCUUCUUAAUCCUGUGUAUUUGAGUUGUAUCCUUAGCAUCUACACACUAGAUUCAACUAAUCAACUCACCACCAACUUUUUGAUUAUAGUUCUACCUGGCACCAAAAAGGGUUCUCCUAUGGGGACAGCCGCAGAACCUUUGCGGGAUCAGGAUUGGGAAACACUGAUAGACCCUGUAUCAAAACAAUGGAACCUCAACCAAUCAGAAGAAUAAUGAUUCUUUAAUGUGGCCUAUCCAAUCAGUGUAGAGGAGAUUACCAUGGACACCAGAGUGAACAUCAUCCCAACCAGUAGCCUAACUGUCACUCCUAAACCACAGAAGAUUUUCUAGUUCAGUGGUACUGACAAUUGACUGCAGAGUGCAUAGCAUUGAAUCCAGGCAUGUGUGCAUACUUACUUGUG